CCAUUCAAUCCAGGCAGAAAACAAAACCCAUCAAAUUAAUAGUAUUUUAAGACAAAUUGUCAAUAAUUUCGGGUAGCAAAACAAUUUACUUUACAACCAGUCUUACUUAAAUUCGAGGCUGCAUCUCCUGCAUUUAGAACAGCCAACCAAAUUUACUCGGGUUAAUUAGCAAGCAAUGGCACGUGGACACCAGAAGAUCCAGUCGCAGGCGAAGGCCUCCGAGAAACAGGCCAAACUGAAGAAGCAGCAAGGACACAGUGCCAACGAUCAGAAAAAGGCGGCUCAGAAGGCACUUGUCUAUGUGUGCGCCGUUUGCAAGUCGCAAAUGCCAGAUCCCAAGACUUACAAGCAGCACUUCGAGAACAAGCAUCCCAAGAACGACAUGCCCGAGGAGCUGAAGGAUGUCUGAUGACCAUUUUACUUAAAGCUGAACGAGAUGGACGAGUUGCCUACCAGUACGAAACAUUUGCAACAAUAAAUUAGCAACAGCCCGAAGAAGAAAGCCACAAUCAAGCCGAAGCCAAGAGGAUGGAUAAUAGCCGUAAUAAUAAUAUAUGCCAGUUCUUUCGUAUACACACUGCUGCUUUUUGGUUUUGUUUUAUACAUUGAAAUUAACACAGUAUGCGAAUGUUCGAUGUGUGGCUGACCCAAUACAAAGACACCUACCUACCAUACAAAAUGAAUAGAAAUUGUUUAAUUCCUGUCAACAUGACGGGAAGAUAUCUAGGACACCAUAAUAAAUACUCUGAGCUCCGUUUUGGAUUUGGUUUACACGUAAAA